CCUUGUCGGCCGAUCAAUGCAUAACGGCAGAGGCGUCGCGGCUGCCGUACUUCUCAAAACAUUCAAGCUCACUACACGCGCUCUCUCAAGAAUCUGGAGACCCAGAACCAGUGCACUGUUUCGAGGCCUUCGCAAACACGUGUCUAUCUAAUCGCGGCGCGCAAAGUUCAGUAAGCGCGACACGAGAAAGAAGCCCACCUCGGCGAACGCCCAAGGACGAGCUUGUGCCGUGACACUAGAUACAUUGGCAGCAUGGGAUUCGCACCGACGACCUACAUUGCUGCACUGUUGCUGACGUCAGCGGUGCAAACCGCUCUGGCAGCACCUGCAUGGCCACACCCAGGCAACCAGGCCCUAGAAUCCACGGGACUCUUCGAAGGCGACAUACUCCUGCCUGGAAACAACUCGGAGGAUCGUACAGCGGUGACGAGCGAUCUGCUGCUGUGGCCGGAGGGCAUCAUACCAUUUGUCGUCGAGUCAAGCCUCGGUCGAUACACGGAAAUGAUUCGGCAAGCGAUCGACGAAAUUGAAGGAAAGACUUGCCUACGUUUCGUGCCUCGCACCACGCAACGGGACUACAUCACCAUUUACCGCGGAUCGGGGUGCUACUCCGGCAUCGGCCGCCUGGGGCGCUCUCAGCCAGUCUCGCUAGGCGUUGGCUGCCUCUACAAGGGCACCAUGGUGCACGAGCUGCUUCACGCCGCGGGCUUCUUCCACGAGCACUCACGCUCCGACAGGGACAUUUACAUCGACGUGUUCACCGAAAAUGCGAAAGAAGGUACACAGAAGCAGUUUGAAAAGUUGGAGUCUUGGCAGAACCGUCUGCUGACGCCGUUCGAUGUAAAUUCGGUCAUGCUGUAUGGCUCAUAUGCAUUCGCCAAGGCGCCAGAUCUCGUCACCAUGUUGGCCAAGGAUGGAGGCUACCUGACGGAGGUCUACGAUAAACCAGGAAUGAGCGCCGACGACGUCGUUCGCGUCAAGAAACUCUACAAGUGUCCGAAUUGAUGUGUUUUU